GCCGCCGGCUCUGGCAGCUUGUGCAGUUCACGUAUACCCCCUGGUACACGGAGAUUUGAGACGACGGCAUAUAUUAAGGAUCGCAAGCUGAACAUCAUGCACGAGGUAAUCUACCCUUUCGAAGAGCGGUGUGGACUUUGAGACGGCCUGCGCCUGGCCACCGGGCUAUUGCUGCUCCCAGACGGCAACGAGAGUUCCAGUUGGCGAUUCAAGACACCAGGAGUCUCCCGCAAAUAUGUCAGUUUCGUUCGAGGACAAAGUUGGUGACAGACCGACGUUUCAGAUGAUGAGACAUGGAGGAUCUCGCUGCCUCAAUCCAGUCCGGCUUCAUGAUUGUGACGGUGUACCCACGCAACGGCUUUGCGGGAACAUUGUCCGACCAUAUCUACCAGCCUGAGCCAGUCACCGACCGAGUCCCCAGCACCCCAUGCACUGCUGGACUAAUUGAGGUCAAUGUCCUUGAAUUUCGCGGACCGACCGAGUCGAUAUACCCCUGCUGCAUGGGUUCGUACGAGCAGCAUCCAGGAGCGAAGGGAGCUUAAUGUAGAAUAUUAUGCGCCGCUAUGAGCCCUGAAUUAGUCGACGUCCCUCGCUGUGUAAAUAUAGGGGAGAGGCAAGCUGGGUAUAUACGGAGCAUGUGGUGGAGGAGGGUUGAACAGCGGGCAGAACCCCCCCCCUUCCCCCCCAAGUACCUAGAGCCCGUUGUCGCUUACAACUGGUGGUCACUUGGCCGCCGGGUGCCGUGACCCUUUGUUGACAAUUACCCCGCAAUGAAGCAGGUAUACCACAAUCAUUCUCAUGUCCAUCUCAAUCUCCAAGUGAGACGAGACGAGAUGAAAUGAGACUUGGAAAACAAUCAAAUCCCUUCCCUCGAAAUAUUACCUUCGCCGAUCGGUCUUUGCCAACCGCAGUUCUACAACGAAAACCGUCAGUCGGGGCCCUGUCGUGGCUGACGUGACAUGCUCCGCAUUGCAGCCAACUCACAGGGAAUUUGAGAACAAUAUCAACAUGCAGAUAUCUACGUCGUCGUAACGCCAUGUCCCUGGUCUGGUAUGUGCACUGAGACAAAGACCUUUGACUUCUGGCCUCAUCCAAGAUUAGUCCUUCUACUUCCGCGAUUUUGAGUCUUCCUCACACACUGCGAGCCCACCAUGGACAGCGCCGACUAUCAGAUACCUCCAUACUUCCGCCAGGCACCACUGCUACUCGAUUCAUUGGGGACGGAAACAUCUGUCGUUCAAGAUGAAACCGUCAGCGAGUGCUUGCCUCUCCUCAAUGCCAUCAACGACCCCAGCCGAAGUCCAUUUGAUUUCAAUGAAUUUGGAUUGCCUUGCUUGGAAAGAGAGGCGCACAUUGGAUUCCUGCAUCAGAGCCUAGACGAAUUCCCUGCUCCUUAUGUCGGUAUCGACGCAAGUCGUCCUUGGAUGGUAUACUGGGCAUUACUAGGACUCUACAUGCUUGGUGAAGAUGUCUCCGUAUUCCGCUCAAGGGUCGUUAAAACCUUUUAUUCCAUGCAAAACCCCAAUGGUGGCAUUGGUGGUGGCUUCGGACAAGAUGCUCACCAAGCUGGAACCUACGCAGCGCUGCUAUCACUUGCACUUGUCGGGGGCGAAGAGGCCUACUCACUCGUCGAUCGUGAAAAGAUGUGGCACUGGCUGGGGCGCCUCAAGCAGGCGGAUGGGGGUUUUCAGAUAUGUGAAGGCGGCGAGGAAGACACUCGAGGAGCCCUAUGUGCCCUGGUCGCUAUCUCACUCCUCAACCUUCCACUCUUACUUCCACCGGAUUCUCCAGCUCGCGACGCAGGUUUGGAGACUUUUAAGGAUGGCCUCGGGGAGUAUCUCUCGCGUUGCCAGACAUAUGAGGGCGGAAUUGCAGCUUCACCAGGAGGCGAAGCGCACGGGUCUUACGCAUUUUGUGCGCUCGCAUGCCUGUGCUUAUAUGGUCCUCCGCACGAAACGAUUGGCAAGUUCCUAGACGUCGAUGCGCUGAUAUGGUGGCUGUCUUCCCGGCAAUACGCGCCAGAAGGUGGGUUUGCCGGCCGCACAAAUAAACUGGUGGACGGUUGCUAUAGCCACUGGCUGGGGGGCUGUUGGCCUCUGGUACAAGCGGCGGUGAACGGUCCUGGAGACUCGGCUGGAGACAAGACAAGGGAUGUGAGCGAGAAUUUAUACAGCAGCGAAGGUCUAGCAAGGUAUAUUCUAUGCUGUUGUCAGGCAAACGGUGGCGGACUCAGGGACAAACCAUCAAAGAUGCCCGACUCGUACCACACUUGUUACAAUCUCUCUGGACUCAGCAUAGUGGAACACUCACACUCCUAUGGAACCUCGGACGGCGACGAUCCAUUUGGCUCAGCCUUUACCUGGCAAUCCUCCGAGGCGCAAAUCCCCAGUGAGUGGGAUGCUAAUAAGGUCUUUGACGCGGGUGCGGGUGUCAAGGAGCUUCACCCAGUCUUUGUCAUUCCCCAUGGAGCAGUGAAGGCCAUGCGGGACUGGUCUUUGGCCAGGCCUCUUGACGUGCAAGGCGCAGAAUAACACAAUCGGACAAUGCCGAAGUCAAUGCAUAGGUAUCAAGGGCAACCUUGAACGGCAGACAUUCUCCAUGCAUUGCUGCCUGUCAUGCCGGUGCCCGACACACUUGAAGUUGGUAUUAAACUCUAUGCCACAUGUGGCGAACACGCGGCCAGAUCGCGGAGACAGUCAACUCUUUCUCGAAA